AUGACGAAGAGGACGAAGAAGGCGGGGAUCGUGGGCAAGUACGGCACGCGGUACGGCGCGUCGCUGCGCAAGCAGGUGAAGAAGAUGGAGGUCAGCCAGCACGCCAAGUACUUCUGCGAGUUCUGCGGCAAGUUCUCUGUGAAGCGGCAGGUGGUGGGCAUCUGGCACUGCAAGCACUGCAACAAGACCAAGGCCGGCGGCGCUUACGUGCUCAACACGGCGGCAGCAGUCACGGUGCGCAGUACCAUUCGCCGUCUGCGCGAGCAGGUUGAGAUCUAA